AUCACUUAUUUAUAUUCUCGUGAACACACGGAACCACCAGUCUGGCAGAAAAACAGUAUUGUAUUAUACAUAUCACAAAACAUUUUUUUACAUUUGUUCUGCCUCGGUCAGCAAUAUGAACGUUUUAAACUUUGACAACGGCUUUUAGUCUCCCCCACGUGUAUCUUGUUGGAUUCUACCGCUUUCCCGCAAUACGGUGGAUUUUUAACCUGCUUUUGAAUUUCGCUUGAACUGUCAGUGAUAUAAGUAGGAGGAACCUUUUUGGGAAAGCAGACCCAGAAAAGCAAGCAGUGACACAGAGUUCACAGAUUCAGGCAACAGUUUCCUUGGGAUUACUGAAGAAUCAGCGGCAUACAUGUACAACUACGGAAACCUGGGCAGAGGAAUUGAUCGGACCUUCCCAGAUAACAGCUCUGGAUCAGGCUCGAACUCUGCGACUCUCGCUACAAGCACCAACACAACUCAACAGCAACAGCAGAAGUAUUCUGUGGCAGGAUCCAGUCAGUUUGUGCCCAGUCUCAAUGCCAUAACUUCAAACCAGGACCUUCAAUGGAUGCUUCAGCCCUCCAUUCUAGGGACCCCGGGACAUUCCAGGCCACUUCGACCGUCUUACCCACUGCCACCUAGAAUCCCAUCUAUGAAUCCUCAACUUUCCCAUUCGCAUCUGACCCGGCCAGGUGUUAUUAGAGCAGCUAUGGCCGUUGGCAGCACAACAAGAAGCAGAAGCGAUGAACAUCUAUCACCUGAGGAAAUUGAGCGACGUAGGAUUAGAAGGGAACGUAACAAAAUGGCUGCGGCUAAGUGCAGGAACCGACGACGCGAACUGACUGACACAUUGCAAAACGAAACUGACCAGCUAGAGGAUGAAAAAUCACGUCUGCAGAAGGAGAUCGCAGAGCUCCAGAAAGAAAAAGAGAAGCUUGAGUUGGUCCUUGAAGCCCACAGACCCAUCUGCAAAGUCCAAGAAUCGGACUCAGACUCGGACUCCACCAGUGACCUCCGAGCGCUGAGCGGAAUCAAGAUCGAGCCUGUGGAUCCCGAUCUUCCCGGACCUUCCAGAGAAUCAAAGAGUUACGCCAAGCCUAGUAAACCCAAGCCUAAAAUCACCAUCCCACCUUCAGCUCCAGCCUCCACCGUUACCAGCGUACCUCUGGAUUCAGAGUCUCUUCAUACUCCUGUCCUCAUCUCCACUCCAUCUCUGACCCCUUUUACUGCCAGCCUGGUCUUCAGCUAUCCUUCAUCUUCAAUGGAUACCAGCUCUGCGACUUCAUCCCAAGCUCUCAAUCUCGCCGGGUCUCAUAGCACCAGCCAGCCUUCGCAUAACCCUCAGCCGUGUGGCGUCGCUCAUCGCCGAAGCAGCAGCAGUGGAGACCAGUCAGAUCACUCUCUCAACUCACCAACCAUCCUCACACUUUAAUUUCUCAUCUGCUGAGCGAAAAAGUGUUUAUGACUUCCAAAGUGUCCUUACUACUACAUACAAGCAUAUAUGCUUUUACCUGUGUAUUCUGUUUACCUUUAUUCAUGGAAAAUACGAAUGCAUUAUGCGAAUACAGAAGCACAAGUUAAAGGUGAUGUGUAUAACGUCAACAUAGUAAGGGGGAGGUACUGGAUCUGAUGGAGCAAGUGUUCAGGAAAAGGUUUUUAGAGAUACACACGUCACCUUCAAGCAUGUGUAGUGCAAAAUGAAAGGUCUAAUCAUCCUUCAUAUGAAAUAGACUGAAAUUUUUUACAGCACAUAUGUAUAUAACACUGAAAAAGAAAACUGACUGACGUUUAAGCCAUAACGUUUGACUGUAGUGGCAUUAAUAAUAGUAUUAUUGAUUUAUAGUGAUUUUAUUCAACUACGUAUUUAGUGUAUUGGUGACGGUACUGUAGCGGUUAAAAAUCUGGCCUGCUAGCAAAAGGUUUAGAGGUUGCUUUGGGGGUUUGAGAGCUAGAACACAAUGUAGAUCUAUCACCAUUAUGCCUUUCAGGAUAUUUAAAGUGUCUAUUACGUUAUUUAUUGUUACGUUACCAGUUUUACAAACGUUAAAGUCUCGAUUGAAAUGUGGUUAUACUGUCUUGCUAUGCACAACGUAAUGUCUUGUUAUUAUAUGUGUUUAAUUGUGGUUUUAAGAAAUACAGCGUUAUAAUAACAGUGUAUGCUGAAUAAGCUAGUUUUAAAGAAACUGAAGGGAUGCAGCCUACCUGGUUCAUUAUUAGACAAACAAUGUCUACAACACCACAACACUGAGAAUGUGCACUUCAAUGACAGUUCACUGUUACACUGGUUACAAAAAUUAUAUUUUAACUUCACACUUCAGCUGUUACUCUACAGGAUGCUUUUCUCUACAAGUGCAAAGGUGUGUAAUUCACAGGCCAGUAGAAGUAAAUUAUGUAUACUUUAUGCUGUACUGAGUACACUAUGUUAGACUCUACUAUUGCUUGACCGCAUAUAGAUUUGUAUUUAUUUUUGAAAAAGAUAUUUUUUACUGAUUUCAUGUUGGUUCAUUUAAUAAGGAGAAAUGUUGCCUGUUAUUAAACAUCUAAUAAACAAUUACUGAAAAUA